CCUAAAGGUCCAGCAGUCUCUGGUCAUCCCUGUACUGUCCGCAGUCUCUGGUCAUCCCCUGUACUAUCCGCAGUCUCUGGUCAUCCCUGUACUGUCCGCAGUCUCUGGUCCAUCUCCUGUACUAUGUCCGCAGUCUCUGGUCCAUCUCCUGUACUGUGCCCGCAGUCUCUGGUCAUGUCCUGUACUAUGCCCCGCAGUCUCUGGUCCAUCUCCUGUACUGUGUCCGCAGUCUCUGGUCCAUCUCCUGUACUGUGUCCGCAUGUCUCUGGUCCAUAUCCUGUACUGUGUCCGCAGUCUCUGGUCCAUAUCCUGUACUGUGCCCGCAGUCUCUGGUCCAUAUCCUGUACUGUGUCCACAGUCUCUGGUCAUCUCCUGUACUGUGUCCACAGUCUCUGGUCAUCUCCUGUACUGUGUCCGCAAUCUCUGGUCAUCACCUGUACUGUGUCCGCAGUCUCUGGUCCGUCUCCUGUACUGUGUCCGCAGUCUCUGGUCCGUCUCCUGUACUGUGUCCGCAGUCUCUGGUCCGUCUCCUGUACUGUGUCCGCAGUCUCUGGUCCGUCUCCUGUACUGUGUCCGCAGUCUCUGGUCCGUCUCCUGUACUGUGUCCGCAGUCUCUGGUCCGUCUCCUGUACUGUGUCCGCAGUCUCUGGUCCGUCUCCUGUACUGUGUCCGCAGUGUCUGGUCCGUCUCCUGUACUGUGUCCGCAGUCUCUGGUCCAUCUCCUGUACUGUGUCCGCAGUCUCUGGUCCGUCUCCUGUACUGUGUCCGCAGUCUCUGGUCCGUCUCCUGUACUGUGUCCGCAGUCUCUUGUCCGUCUCCUGUACUGUGUCCGCAGUCUCUUGUCCGUCUCCUGUACUGUGUCCGCAGUCUCUU